AUGGCUGAACCGAGUAAAGCACAGGUAACAUCCGACCUCACAGGACGCACCGCAUUGGUGACCGGCGCCUCACGCGGCAUCGGCCGUGCGAUCGCGCUGCGGCUGGGCCGCGCCGGCGCUACGGUGGCUUGCGUCGCCCGGAACGUCGAGAAGCUGGAAGAGGUCGCCCAGGCGAUCCGCGAUGCGGGCGGCGAGGCGAGCGUCCACCAGUGCGACGUCUGCGACUCGGCCCAGGUGCAGCAGACCGUCGAUGCCGUAUCGGAGAAGUGGGGCGGGAUUGACAUCCUGGUAAACAACGCCGGCAUCACCCGCGACACCCUGCUGCUCCGCAUGUCCGACGACGACUGGGGGGACGUCAUUUCGUCCAACCUGCGGUCGGUCUUCCUGUUCACCCGCGCCGUGGCGCAGGUGAUGGUCCGCGCCAAACGCGGACGCAUCAUCAACAUCUCCAGCAUCUCGGGCCUGAUGGGCAACCCAGGGCAGGCGAACUAUUCGGCAUCGAAGGCGGGCGUGAUCGGAUUCACCCAAACGGUCGCGAAGGAACUCGGCAGCAAGCGGCGGCCGAUCACAGUCAACGCGAUUUGCCCUGGCUUCAUUCGCUCUGACAUGACCGACAUCCUGGCCGAGGCGGGCGGUGACGCCUUCCACGACGUGGUGAAGCAGCGCAUCCCCCUUCAGCGGCUCGGUGAGCCCGAAGAGGUGGCGGACGCGGCGCUGUUCCUGGCGAGCGACUCGGCCGCGUACAUCACCGGACAGGUGAUCACGAUCGACGGGCCUUCCGCUAAGCCCCGCCCAAUCGCCACGGCAGACGGCCCGAUUAGAAGCGUACCGCAAGCGGAUUCAAGGAGAACUGUAGUGGCCUCGGUAUUGGAACGCGUCACGGACAUCGUGGCUGAGCAGCUCGGUGUCGACAAAGAAAAGAUCACCGCGGACACGUCGUUCGUGAACGACCUCGGCGCCGACUCGCUCGACACGGUCGAACUCGUGAUGGAGCUGGAGGAAGAGUUCGACAUCAAUAUCCCCGACGACGCCGCGGAGAAGAUCCAGACCGUUGGCCAGGCGGUGGAGUUCAUCGAGGCCAACUCGGGGAGCUAG